CCUUGAGUGGAUACGUAUUUUUACUCCUAUAUCAACUGUAUCCUCUCAUUUGGAUAGUUAUUACGCACAAGGAUUCUGUUAGUUUUUUUCCUGGACAGAAUGGCUGUUGCUGCAAAGUUCAGUUUUUCCGUGAGGAGCAUCCUGGAUUUGCCUGAGCAUGACGCCAAGACAGCGCAGCCUUCCCCCGGUAACUCCUGCUACAGCUCCCCUUACUCCUCCUGGAUGGACAGCGACCGGAGCCCUUGUCUCUCUUCAGAUGAGGGUAGCCUGGAGAUCUCCCCAAACAAGUCAGACGAGUCUUCUCUGGACUCUGAGGCCGAGAAGAAGAAGAAGCGCCGCGUGCUCUUCUCAAAGGCCCAGACCUUCGAGCUUGAGAGGCGCUUCCGUCAGCAGCGCUAUCUGUCAGCACCAGAGCGGGAGCAGCUCGCCCAUCUCCUCAGCCUGACGCCGACGCAGAUCAAGAUCUGGUUCCAGAACCACAGGUACAAAAUGAAGAGGUCGCGAGUAGAGGGGGCGCCACAAGACAUAAACCAAUCGCCAAUGUUGCGAAGAGUAGUGGUACCCAUCCUAGUUCGGGAUGGCAAGCCUUAUCAGACCUGUUUCAUUAACACGGAGAAAGGAGGCUGUCUUAGACCGACCACGUCCCCGGGUACACCCUUCAGUUUGGGAUACCAGUCUUUCCAGCUUCCGUCGCCGUUCGGUCUACCUUCCCCAUACCAGCAUUUUGCCAGCCCGGCAGCAUCUAGACACACCUUUGCUUGGAGAGACUUUCUGAACGACUCAGUUCAAUUCAGUUAUUUUAAGUGACUGAAAACAUCAACAAGAGGACAUUGUAUAGAGGAACACUUAAAACCAAAUAUGUUUUCUGAAUUCCCUUAUUUUUCGAGGUACUUAAGUGUUAAACUCUCACUAAUAAUGUUGUAUGAGAAGUAGGCUA